AUAUUUGAAGAAAAGACAUUCGUAAGACUAGGCAGUAUGGUCCAAAGACUAUUGCUUAUUCUCUAAGGACGAAUAAAAAAAAACUGUGGACAAAAGUCAACACUGAACCCACGUAAAAGUCUUUGCGUAAAAGUGACUGUCUUAAAUAAUGACAUUGGAUAACCUUUAAACCAUCUUACGUAAGACUACACAAAAUGGGCAAUAGCGUAUCAGCCGAGGCUGGUGUCAAAAUACCGAAUGUCGAAAAUAACUCGAACCCCCCACCGGAAUGUCCGAUGCACAAUAAGGCUCAACAAACUACUAAAAAUGUUUCGGAGUGCCCUGUACAGCAUGGGAAUGACGUCAAUCCAUUUAAUAUGAUGCCUCCACCAAACCAACAGCCUGCACCAGAUCAGCCAUUCCCUCUUCCUACACAGCGUCAAGUUUCAUCUAUUCCCCGUGCCAUGCCAGAUGGCUCUACUGAGUUCUGGGUAUAUCCUAGCCAGCAGAUGUUCUGGAAUGCUAUGCUCCGGAAAGGCUGGCGUUGGAAAGAUGAAGAUAUCCACCCAAAAGAUAUGGAUGACAUCAUCAAGAUUCAUAAUGCCAACAAUGAACAGGCAUGGCAAGAAGUACUGAAGUGGGAAGCUUUGCAUGCAAAGGAAUGCGGUCAUCCCCGACUAAAGAGUUUUGGUGGUUUGGCUACAAAAUACAGCCCUAGGGCCAAAAUCCGCUCUUGGCUUGGAUAUGAACUUCCUUUCGACCGUCAUGACUGGAUUGUGGAUAGAUGUGGCAAAGAAGUCCGUUACGUUAUCGACUAUUACGAUGGUGGAGAGAUUGAUAACAAAUAUCAAUUUGCUCUACUUGAUGUGAGGCCUGCCCUAGAUUCUUUUGAAAAUGUCUGGGACAGAAUGAGAGUUAUGUACAUGAGGUAUCGCUAUGAACUGCUUGGUAGCAAACAAAAUAAAGAAUUGACUAACUGAGCAUUUUGUACAAAUUGUAGAUGUAUCUUGUUAAUUUGUUCAAAUGUUUGUUAAAUCUUAAUAUUAGUGAUAAAUAUUGUUGAGUGGGGUUUUUCUGUCGGCAAAAUUUGUCACUUUAGAAACUCUUUGUGAUGUUCCUUUGAAUUAUUUUGAUUUCAUAAUUAUUUAUUUAUGUUCACCCACCAAUAAUCUCAUGUCAUAUAAUAGAUAUUCAUUAGAAAUAAACACUAAUAAGUAACCUGUGGAAAUUGAGAAUUACUGUUUUAUUAACACAGUAGACUUACCUCUCAAAAAUAAUUGUAAUUCUAGAAAAUAUUGUGAAGAAUAAAUGUAGACAAAUAAAUAAAGACAGAACA